AUGAACAUAAAGAAUACAAGUGACAUUUGGUUCGAUCCGGAAUCGAGAUUUAUACAAACUUGGAUGGUAUUUCGUGUCAUUGUUGCAGUGAUUUCAAUUGUUUCUGCGUCAUUACAAGGAGCAGUUGGUGCUUGUUUAAGACAUCCUUUGAUUAUAAUAGGCCAUGUUUGCGAUUGUAUUGGCUAUGCGGAUAUUUUUAUUAAAUUAUUUCUAGCUUUUUAUAAUCAAAAGGGCUUAUUAAUUACCGAUCCGAAAGAACGUUGUAGGCAUUACUUGAGUAGGGGAUUCUUUCUUGACGUUGUUGGCUGUGUGCCUGUCAAAACAUACCUUUCAACAAAUAAUGGGCAAAAUGAGGCGGUUUUAAUGAAUACAGUAUCGAAGUUUGCCCAUUUUUACAUUAUCAUGGGCUAUUUUAACUAUUUGUCGGACUUGCCUAAUAGGAACUUCACGUUUUACAUGAUUUUAAAGAUGCAAAUAAUGACAGUACUGGUGAUACUUGGUGUCAGUAAUUACUUCGUAAGUAGAUGUAUAUAUUUCGAAUGGGAUGAUACAGGAUAUAUUUUGAAUAUGACUCGUCGCGAUCACUGUUGGCUCCCUAACUAUCUCUCCUUGGACGAGUAUCCAAGUAUGCAUCAGUUAAGAAUCGUGUGUGCGCAGAGCUUUAAUCUGGCACAGAGUGGUCUCAUGAGAUUUAACCUUGGAAAGUUUCAUAUAGACCGUGAAUAUCUCGGUGUUGGAAUUACUUUAUGUAUUCUUGGAAUAAUGUUCUGGUAUGUAAUGUGUUAUUCACUUACAUUAUUGGUGUUAAACUUUCGUGGUAAUACAAUUUUUCAACAUGGAGUGAGUCAGUUGAGAAGAUUCUUGCAGGCAGAGCGUGUGGACAAGAAGUUAAUCGAAAAAGCCAUAACACACUUUCGAUAUUGGUGGUUUAGAACAAAAGGAAUGAAUAUGCAAAGUCUUAUGAAUGAACGCAUUGGUGUUGUUUUUAGACAAGAUCUGAACUAUUAUUUUUUUAAAAGAACAAUUGAAGCUACCGACACAUUGCUGCAUGGCGGCGAGAGUCUUCAAAGACAACUUGUGAGCGCAGCAGCUCAGUGGUUCUUCCUACCUGGAGAAAUAAUAGUGCGGGAGAUGGAUUUGAGUCCCUGGAUAUACAUAGUGCACAGAGGAAGUAUUCUUAUAAAGCAGAAUGAUGAAGAAUUGGCCAAGUUAACCAAGGGAUCCAUAUUUGGUCAAUUGGAUGGAAUUAAACCAAGGCCCGUUCGCAUAACAGCGUAUGCUGAUGGCUACGCUGACCUGUUGCAAAUCUCUAUAAAGGAUUUCCAGGAUGUUGUUGAAGAUGAGACAAGGGAUCGAAUGAAACACAACCCUUUGACGAAACACGAUUUCAUGGCUUUGAAGAAUCCAGUACCAGAAAAUCCUUACAAUACUCUGCCAUUCAUACUCCGCGGUCGCAAAACAAUAAAAAUGCCGUGGAUGAAUACUCCUAUUCGAGCAAAAGCAGGAACAUGGUACGCACGCUGGCUCUACAUGUACGAAUACGAACUUAAUAUAUAUUGGGUUUUAUUUAUCCUGGAUUUACUUCACAUAGCGUAUUUAAUUACUGAAUUUUAUACGUUUGAACUACUUAUCCAAAACGAUAAAUGCGUUGAGCGAAUCCAAAAAUGGCAUAUGUUUAAACACUGGGGAUAUUACCUGGAUAUUCUGUCGUUAAUCACACCUAUUUUAACCCAUUUAACUGGACAGUGGAACUACCGCCUUGCAAGAUUAUUGAGACUUAGAUUAUUUUAUUACUACCAUCAUCAUUUCUGUAAAGGAUUUAAGAGUCAAAUAGCGCCAGUUUUAUUAAAGUUUGUGAUCGUUUUUUUAACCAUUCACGGCAUGACUUGUGGCUGGAUAUACGUGGCUUGUCAACAUGAAAAGUUUCCCCUCCGCAUAGAGAAACUUCCUUCAUACAUAAAUUCAACCAUAGAUUAUGAUGAAUGGGUUAAUCCACAGGACAGAAAAGGAGGUUGUCCACGUCUCACGAAGAACUUUCUUGUCGAUGGUAAACUGAAAUUUGGGUUGAUUGUGCCUAAAAGUUGGAUGGCUGACUACAUCGUAGCGAUAACGUACAUUCUUGUGAUUUAUACACAUACGGAAAUCGAUCUUGUGGUACCAUUAACACUGAAUGAAACAUAUUACAAAAUCUUCUUAUACUUUAUAAUUCACCCGAUGGAAAUUUGGAUACUGAGCUGUGCGAUAAGUGCUGUGUUCACGAAAUUACGAGAGCUGUACACCUAUGACUAUAAUGUGCAAAGUUUAAUAUUGUAUCUGGAACAUAACGGAUUAUGUCCAGUACUACUUGACUCCGUGAAGAAGUACACCAAGCAGUUAUGGCAAAGACAGAGAGGUAAUUGGCUACCGGAAUUAGCGCAUCACGCGCCGCAGUGUCUUCGAGAAGACAUGUUAAGCGCCCUCUACAUGCAUCACCUCGAAGCUCCGCCCCUGUUCCGUGACCUACCUGAAUAUUUCCGACGGCAGCUCGUUACAAAGCUACAGAGAGUGGUUAUAUUUCCUGGAAAAUUCAUUGUUAAAGAAGGUGAUAUAUUUUCCUGCAUGUACUUCAUCCACGAGGGAGAGGUUGAGAAAUGGUACACCGAUAAGAGUGGUGAAAAGAAAAUGCUUUCAUUAUUAUCAACGAAUGGAUACUUUGGAUUGAUACCCGGACUUUUUCCUAACACGCCGUUCCAGUUUUCUUAUUUAACGCGAACGGUGGUCGACUUCGUGUUUCUUAGGCAUAGAGAUUGGCAAGACCUACUGCAGGGAUACCCCAAAAUAAAGUAUGAUCUGUACACAGCCGCGAAGCAGUUGAAGAAGGAUUUACAGAAAACAAUGAUUUAG